AUGUCUACUCAGAAAGCCGUUAUCGUCUCGGCCCCUAAGCAGGGGAGCUUAGUCACCGAUCGACCCAUCCCGAAGCUGCGCGAUGAUUACAUCCUCGUCAAGACCGUUAGCGUGGCCGUGAACCCGACAGACUGGAAACAUAUCGACUACGUGGCUCCCCCCGGCGUGCUCGUCGGCUGCGAUUACGCCGGAAUUGUCGAAGAAGUCGGCAAGGACGUCCAGAAGCCCUUCAAGAAAGGCGAUCGAAUCUGCGGAUUCGCCCACGGAUCGAAUGCCGUGCAGCCCGAGGACGGCACUUUCGCCGAGUACAUCGUCGUCAAGGGCGAUCUGCAGACUCAUAUUCCUGACAACCUCAGCUUCCAGGAGGCCGCCUCCCUGGGCGUGGGAAUCACCACUGUUGGCCAGUCGUUGUAUCAGAGUCUGAAACUGGCUUGGCCCACGGAGCCGAUUAAGAACGCCGAACCCAUUCUCAUCUACGGUGGCUCCUCCGCGACGGGCACACUGGCGAUCCAGUUCGCCAAGCUGUCUGGUUAUAAGGUGCUCACGACAUGCUCACCACGCAACUUUGAUCUGGUGAAGAGUUUGGGCGCGGACGCGGCGUUCGACUACAACGACGCCAGCGCCGCGGCGGAGAUCCGGAAGGACACAGACAACAAGCUCAAGCUUGCUCUCGAUACGAUCUCACUCGAGUCGAGCGCCAAGUUCUGCGACGAGGCGCUGAGCACCGAGGGCGGCGAGUACAGUUCGCUCCUGCCGUUGAAAGUUGAGCGCGCCAACGUCAACGGUCGCUCGACUCUGGCAUACACGGCUAUUGGAGAGGCAUUCAAGUUCGGUCCUCAGCCCUUUCCCGCCAGACCGGAGGAUUCUGAGUUCGCGCAGAAGUUCUGGUCACUAGCCGAGAAGCUGCUGGCGGAGGGCAAGAUUAAGGUGCACCAGGUCAAGGUGUGUUCCGGUGGAUUGAAGGGCGUGCUGGACGGAUUGCAGUCGAUGAGAGAAGGCAAGGUCAGCGGGGAGAAGCUGGUGUAUAAUGUCUCUGAGACGCCUUGA